CUGUGGCGCCGAAUCGACAUGUUUUAUAAUCAAAACAAAUGUUAAUAAACGUCUGUGUGGGACAGAUAUUACCGUUUAAAGUCCGAGUCUAGUCGCGGGAUGACGCAGAAACAGCCGUUAGAGGCCCGGUUCGUGGCUGAUGAAGAUGUUUUGGAUCAUAUUGUAGAGAAACAGAAAGAAAUAAAAGCAGCUAAUGGAUCCGUACAGACGCUGGUGACCCUAAAAACCCCGCAGAAAUCCAAAAGAUCUGAGACGGAAGAGGAUGAUGAUGAUGAAGAUGUGAUAAAUGAGCAGAACUAUGUGGACGCUCUGUGCACCGGAUCACAAGAUGAGAGUGAAAAAGCCACGGUCACCGCAGGAUCGUCUGUCUUCUCGUUUCAGACCAUCAAACGGGGCAAUAAAAUGGCUCAGAUGGCGUCUGAAUGGGCUCGAGCGCCUGGAAAGAGCGUGACCUUCUGCACAUCAGACACAAACGAGGAGUCGUCCAGCCCGACACGUGCUGCUAAAAAAUCAGCCAAUCAGAACAAAACCCCUCAGAAGGGAAAGAAGGUGCAGUUCAUCUCCACGACACCACACCGACUGCGCAAGAGACUGUCAGCUCCGAACCUGCGUUCAGACAGCGAGAGCGAUUUUUCCCCCUCAAACUCUGAGGAUGAUGAUGAUGCUGAAGAACACGAGGGGAAGAGAGACGUCCAGACCAAAACACCCAGUAAAAACACGUCCGCUGCUGCGCUCUAUAAAACACCCAGUAAGAAGGGCAAGAAAGCAGCAGAGUCUGAUCUGGUGGAGGAGUAUUUUGAAGCUCACAUCAGCUCUAAGGUUCUCACGUCCGAUCGGACCCUCCAGAAACUCCAGACGCCCAAACUGGACCGGGAAACUCUGCUCAGCCUCUUGGGUAAAAACCCGCCGUGCUUCGCAGAGGAAAUUAAACAGCUCAACGCAAAACACGAGAAGAACUUCAACCAGUGGAAGCUGCAGCUGCACAUGGGCUUUAACAUCUUGAUCUACGGUUUGGGCUCCAAGAAGCUCUUGCUGGAGAAGUUCCGCACAUCCAUGCUGUCUGACUACGAUCAUGUGGUGGUCAACGGCUUCUUCCCCAGUAUGACCCUCAAAUCGGUUCGGGAAUCUUCAGAUUACUGGCAGAGUUUCAGCUGGAGAACAAGGACAAUCCUGCGUACACCGGUUAAACAUCCGCCGCUGACACUCAGUGCAUUAACAAGGAAGCUCCUGCUAAUAUUACAAUGGGUUGUUGUUGUUUGUUCAGGAUUGUCUUUCCAGGAUUUCUACCAGCGCUGUCGCGAGUCGUUCCUGGUGAACAGUGACAUCACGCUGCGCACGCAGCUCACCGAGUUCAGAGACCAUAAACUCAUCCGCACCAAGAAGGGCGCUGACGGAGUGGAAUAUCUGCUGAUCCCGGUGGAUAACGGCACUCUGACAGACUUCCUGGAGAAAAACGAGGUGGAGUAAAACCGGUGUUUAGCUGAAUAGCACUGGAUCUUUCUGAUAAA